AAAAUGCUGAUUAUUAUUUGUUCACUACCAAUCAGUGUCGCGACAGCAGAACGCAGUUUCUCAACACUCAGAAGGCUGAAAACAUGGUUAAGGUCAACAAUUGGCGAAGAAAGGUUGAACGGGCUAGCAUUACUUCACAUUCAUAAAGAUAUUCCUAUAGAUAUAGAAAAUAUUAUUACACGUUUUGCUGAACAAAAAAAA